AUGAAAAAUCAAGAAGAAUUGUUUAAAUAUCUGGAAGAAGUUUCAGAUGGCGCCAAUGAAGACAUGAUUACAAAAAACUUUCCAGAAAUUAAAAAGAUUGAUAUUGCCUCAACACUUAAUGAAUUGCUUUCUGCAAAUAAAAUAGAAGUUAGUGUAACAUUAGGUGGUGUUUUUUAUAAAGCUAAAAGAGAUAUGAAAAAUGAUUACGAAGCUAUGAUUUUAAAUAUUUUGAAAGAAGGAGGCUCUGAGGGGGUUUGGAUUAAAGAUAUAAAAAAUAAGUCAAAUAUCCCUCAUGCACUUUUAUUAAAAAUACUCAAAGGAUUGGAAGUUUCUAAUAAAAUCAAAGGACUCAAAUCAAUUAAAAACAAUAGGAAAAUGUAUGUCUUGUAUGAUUUAAUGCCUGAUGAAAAAAUGACAGGGGGUAUCUUUUUUGAAAACAAUGAAGUGGAUAUUGAUUUGGUGGAAAAAUUAAUGGUUGUUAUUUUAAAAAUAAUUUCUAAAGAAAACGAUUCACACUACUUGCCAAACUUUGGUGAAUUAUUUACAGUUACUGAAAUUUUAACAAAACUGAAAAACAGUAAUAUUUUAUCAGUGAAUAUAUCAGAGGAGGACUUUUCAACCAUAAUAGAUGUUAUGGAAUAUGAUAAUUUAAUAGAAAAGAUCAAUUAUAAUGAAAAAAUUGUAAUAAGAGUUAUUAAUUCUAAUUUCAUAUCAAGGGAAGUUAAAUAA